UCAAAAGUUGCAAUUCUGCUUAUCCAGUCGAUUUCAUUCUUAGCAAAAUGUUUUUACUUGGAAGUCUAAAGUCACAGACAAAAAUAGCACCAUGGCGUGUUGUGAUCCGCACUUUAAAGGUGUCCGUGGUGGGAGCUGGUGGAGGGAUUGGCCAGCCGCUAUCGCUCCUGAUCCGCCGCAGUCCUGGAAUCGAUGAACUGGCGCUUCACGAUCUGUCCGAAAUGAAGGGCAUCGCUGCGGAUCUAUCGCAUGUCAGUCAGGAGGGAAAGGUGAUCGGGUUUACGGGUGAAGUCGAACUUGAGCCGGCCUUGAGUGGAGCGGAUGUGGUGGUUGUGGCCGCCGGAAUGCCACGUCUUCCAGGAAUGCUGCGGGAUCAACUGAUGGCCGCCAAUGGCAGUGUGGCUGUCAAAGUGGCCACUGCCGUUAGUAACGCCUGUCCAGGAGCUCUAUUGGCCUUCAUCACCAAUCCGAUCAAUAUGAUUGUCCCAACGGCAGCAGAGGUCCUUAAAGCCCACGGGGCGUAUGAUCCGCGACGUCUGUUUGGCAUUACCACUUUGGAUGUGGUGCGCUCGAAAAAGUUCAUCGGCGAUGCUAUGAAGAUAUCUCCUGAUAAAGUUAACAUUCCCGUGAUUGGUGGCCAUGCCGGGAUCACUAUUCUACCGCUCAUCUCGCAAUGUCAGCCGGAGUUUAAAGGUGGCCGAGAAGAUGUCCAGAAGAUGACUCAUCGCAUCCAGGAGGCAGGAACAGAGGUGGUAAAUGCCAAGGCUGGUAAGGGAUCAGCCACUUUAUCGAUGGCUUUUGCGGGUGCGCAUUUCGUGGACUCCUUGCUUCGUGGAAUUGGUGGCCAGGAGGGCAUCAUCGAGUGCGCCUUUGUAGCCUCGGAGUUAACGGAGGCCCCCUUCAUCGCCAGUCUCCUGGAAUUGGGUAAAUAUGGAAUCAAGCGAUAUUUACCCCUUCCUCCGAUGAGUGUCAAUGAAAAAGAGGCCUUCGAAAAGCUGCUUCCUGUUCUAAAACAGAAUGCCAAUGAAGGGAUCGAUUUUGCCAGGAAGUCGUUGAUGGAGAAGGCUAUUCCAGCGGCACUGCCAUAAUGUCACACAAAUUUUACACUUUUAUACCUAUAAAUAAAUUAGGGGAAAGCGUUUAAUUUUAUUCUGUGUAAAUGACUUA